GGGGCGGUCUCCAGUCUGGUGAAAGUCCAGUUUUCAUGAAAGUUAAGUUCAGAAAUGGACCUGAAACAUUUGGUUGUUGACGCGUUGUCCCAGAAUAAGAAAGCCGCUCUCCUGGUCGCUGGAGCCGGCGUUGCUGUUCUGGGACUCGGUCUCGGUUAUAAAUACCUGCGAAAGCCUGAAAAAGUUGUUCGCGUGGGCGUCGUGUCGCAGCUCCUCAUUCACCCUCUGAAGUCUGGUAAAGCGGUGUCUGUGGCUCUGGCAGAAUGUCAGCAAAUAGGACUGAAGUUUGGAGAGCUGCAGGAUCGACACUGGCUGGUGGUCACAGAGGACGGUCACAUGGUGACGGGCAGACAGCAGCCUCGUCUGGUGCUCGUGUCUCUGACCUGCGAGGGAGUUCAUGUUUGUCUCAACGGGCCCAACAUGGAGGAGCUGCGAUUCCCCGUCAGACAGCCCGACAACGCUGUCAUCAACUGCAGAGUGUUUGGAGCUGACAUUCAGGGACGAGACUGUGGCGAUGAAGCAUCUCGCUGGCUGACUCGGUACCUGGGGGAAGAGGGAUCCUUUCGCUUGGUUCACUUUGAACACCAGAUGAGAGCCAGGAGGCCGACAGAGAGUGAGCCUCAGUUCGCACAAUUUGAGGUAGCGUAUCCAGAUGUUGCACCUGUGAUGCUGCUGUCUGAAUCCUCAGUGAAGGAUCUCAGCAGUAAGUUAGAGACGGGCGUCACAGUGGAACGUUUCCGCCCGAACAUCGUCAUCAGCGACUGCGAGGCGUUCAGUGAGGAUUCAUGGGAGGAGGUCCAGAUUGGCAGCGUGCGACUGCAGCGUGUAAUGUCGUGUGGACGGUGCAUUUUUACAACGGUUGACCCUGAAACAGGUGUUAUCACCAGGAAAGAGCCACUGGAAACACUGAAAAGCUAUCGUCUGUGCGACCUGUCUGAGAAGCACAUCUACAAAUCGUCUCCGUUGUUUGGACAGCUGCACAAGGUGAAGAAGACGGGCAUCCUGCAGGUCGGAGACAUUGUGUACAAGAUCAGCCGCUGAAUGAAAAAGUCGGAAAGCUCUACAACAAUUUAGUCACAGGCACCUUUAAUGGGGAGGGAAAAAACCUUUCAGCACUAUCACUCAGAGCUUAUUAAUGCACAAAAUAAUCAAGCUAUAGAAAGUAUUAAUUGUAUAAAUAUCACUGUUUUUGUGGAUGUUGUAUUCAUUCUUAUGCCUAUGUCUUGUAGGUUGUUGUAUAACACUAUUUGUGCCUGAUUUAAAACUGUUAAACUGUGAAAGUACACAAUAACUUUUAAGGUAAAAAACUGCCUCAUAUCUGUUGUGUAAUUCUUUACACACUGACAGCGAUAAUGCUAAUAAAACGGAAAAUUUGGGAUGUUAUCCAUUCAGCAGAACCUAAACAUUCAUCCUGUCUCAUGCUGAUAAGUUGUUCAAGUAUUCAAAGAGAUGUUUUUUUUUAAGACAUUCCUGUUUUCAGAGGAACUGUUGCUUUGAGAUUACUUUAGAAUCUUAAUAGGAAAGUAGCUGCUGACCAUUUAAGCACAAAUAUAUUUUUCAGCCUUAAAAUAUAAAGGUAUGUAAAGGUAUAUUCACUUUUAGGUAAAUAUUCCAUAACCCAUGUAUUUGACUUUAUAUUUCAGAAAAAAAAAUGUCUGAAAUGUACCAGCAGAGUCUCUAGAAGGAACAAAAAUCAGUCCUUUGAGAGUUAAGUUAAUACGUUAUCUUUCCUUGAAGCACAGUUGAAAGCAUGAUUAAGUAAUAUAUAUUUUUGUCCCCUUAAAUUUUACGUUUCCAUUGCUGUGACUGUGAAAAGGUUGGAGUCCCAGCUUGACUGGGGUUUAGUUACAUGCAGUAGCCAGUAGAGAGCAAUACACCUUUACUUUAGUGUCACUAGAGUGUGAAGACAGGAGGAAUGUUUUUUAUGAAAACAAACCAUUUUACUACCUUUUAAAUGACUUUUGAAUUUUAUCUAGCAUUUUUUUUCAGUUGUGGUUUUGGUGUUUAAAGUUGCUAAAAUGAUGAAAUGAAAGUCUGUGUGAGUGACAUGAAAAACUAGUAUACAAUUAAAAAGAAAAGAUGUC